AUGGGGGCGGCGGGGGCGGCGCCUUUAAGGGGCGCAGCCUCUCGGGCCCGGGUGGGGGCGGGGAGCGGGCACGGGCCCUUUAAGCCGGCAGCGGGCACGUCGGGCAGGGUUCCCCGCGGCCGGGCUGCGCCCCGGGGCGGCGGCGAGGGCGCCGCGCCUGUCCGGGCGCUGACGGCCGCCAACAAGGUGCCGGGGCCGCGCCGGGGCCGUAGCCGGCCCGACACUCACCGAGGCUCGCCUGGAGCGCCCGCGCCCGCGCCCGCACUCGGAUCCCGCGGCGGCGGCGGUGGUCUCCGGCUCGCCUUGGCCACUGCGGGUUCGGGUUCCGCGCGCGCUCUUCGUCGCCCGUGUCGCCCCUCUUCUCUGGGUCCCGGCCGGCGCCUGGCUCGCCGCUUUCAUCUGUCCUCCUUCCUCUUCUUUGCUCGAGGCAGCCUGAGGGAACGCAGCUUCUGCUCUCUUCCUUCGACUCCAUCUAGGAAACCAGUGUUAACAGUACAGAGCGUCAGACGCUUCCUAGAACCCCGAAGUCCAAACCCGAGGACGAGCUCUCGGGGUUUCUAGUAGACUUCACCACCCUGCGCACUGAGAGCGUUCUCGCUUUCUUUUUAUGCACCUUGACAUCCAGGGCUCCCGCAGAGCUGUCAUUGUGGAUCCAAAGAGAAACCUCCAGCGCUGAGCGAUUCGCCGGUGUCCCCUUCCUGGAGUGCGUCCCGGCCGCUGACUGUGCUGUGUGGUGGACCCGGUCCCAGCGGCCGCGCUGUGCACUGCACAAGGCUGUCUGGAGGUCGAGAUGGAAAGGAAGAGUUACGGGAAAUGGGAAGUCUGUGACAGGCGAUUUAGGUGCUGAGAGCGCAGAGACUCUUGCGUUUGCCGGUAGCACUUGGCAGAGGGCCUGUAGUACAAAGCACUCCCAGCUCUUCUAAAAUUUAAGCUCCCUGAAAAGAAUAUCGGCUCCUUUUAAAAUUCGUGCCCGUCCCCUUUAGCACUUGGGGGGGGGGAGGGAGGACACCUAGCCAGCUCCGUGUUUCUUGGCCAGAUAACGCGAACAAAUGGAAUUAAACCACUUGACCCAAUUCUGUGACCCCAAAUAGCCCUGAGACUAGAAUUCCAGCAAUAAAAGUUCCUGGAACACA